ACUCAACGACCCAACAAAUAACCAUGCGAACCUCACUUGCAACUCUGACCUCUUUGGUCUCUCUCUCCUCCGCAGCCCGCUUCCUCCUACAAAUUCCCACAACAAAUCUCGUAAAUCCCUCUACCCUACCAUCCACAACCCAUGCAACACUCCAGUCCUCCGGGCCCCCGCUAGACGCCUACCUCACGCGCUCCAACACCUUCAACUUCAACAAUGUCAGCGCUGGAAGUUACCUUGCGAUCGUGCAUUCCCGAGACUUCGCGUUUGAGCCCCUCCGCAUAGACGUCAGCGUCGAGGAGGCCGUAGAGGGGAGCGGGGAGAAGAAGGACAUGGUUCGAGCGUGGCAGACUUUCUUCGGAAACGAGUGGGACAACAAGGGGGAGUCGAGAGGUGAGGGUGGAAACGGGUUAGUAGUGGAAGUGAAGCCCGUAGGGCAGAAGUGGUUUUAUCAGGAGCGUACUGGCUUCUCGCCACUAUCAUUCCUCAAGAGCCCUAUGAUCCUCAUGGCGAUCUUCUCGAUGGCGAUGAUCUUCGGCAUGCCGAUGUUGAUGGAGAACAUGGAUCCUGAGAUGAAGGAAGAGUUUGAGGAGAUGCAGAAGAACGGUGUGAUGGGAUCUGGGACGACGAAUACCGCGCAACAGAUUCAGAAUUUCGAUCUUGCGUCGUGGAUGGCUGGAAAGACGACGGAUUCGGGGAGCGUGAGUGCCAGUGGUCAGAGCCCUGCUGGACAGACGAAGAAGCGGUAAAUGUGACAAUCAAGCCCUAUCAAGACACUGCUGGUCAUGCUACCCAGAGCAAGUGAUUGGGUGGAGCUCAAGUGUCUUUACGAGCGAGUUGCCUGAGAUAGUAUGGCAGUUCAUAAAUGAAUACUAACACACCAUCUACACGUCUUACGAUGGUUGCCC